AGAGUUAUUAUGCACUAAAAUCUAAAUAUCCUGAACUCCUUAGGCCAACAAAUGUGGAUGAUCCGCAGCUUAGAAAAUUAUUUCAAAUGGGUUGCAUUGUCCCCCUCCCCACACCACUGAAUGAAUGUGGUCCUCGAAUUAUGCUCCUCCAUUGAAGAUGUCAUCUUGUUGGAUGUUCUACUCCAUGAUCUGCUCUUGAUCGAUGAUCCCUAUGCCUGCAUUAAUGGUGUCAUCUAUUUAGUGGACUUGUCAUGUUUUUCGGCCAGUCAUAUUUUACAAUUUUAUCCCAGCAUUCUAAAGAAAUCUCUCACCUACAUGGAAAACUCUCUGCCAUUGCGUGUCAAGGCAAUGGGCCUCAUCAACAUGCCAGCCUUUGCAGAGCAAUUUUGUAAUUUAUUUAUGUCAUUUCUAUCCAAGAAAUUAAGGCAGAGGGUUUUCUUUUGUAGCAAAAAAUUGGAACAUCUUAAGGAGAGAAUUCCCUUGAAAUACUUACCUGAGGACUAUGGUGGCGAAAAUGGCAGCUUGUCGAAUGUGUGUGAAGAUUAUGCGAAAACAUGGGACAAAUAUAGGCAGUUCUUUCAGGAAAAUUCACAAUUUGGUGUUGAGGAACAUUUGCGCCCCGUCAAGAUGAUUAAUGAUGGCAUGUACGGUAUGGGUGGAUCAUUUCGAAAAAUUGAUGUGGAUUAAAAGCACAAAAGAUUUUUUUUUUGGAAAAAAAUUAAAAAUUUGAAUAAAAUUCCGAGAAAAAUAAUCGGAUCUAGACGUCCUAGUCAAAACUAGAAGGAGGGUAGAUAUAAAAAACCUGAGUUAUCAAUUGUCAGAGUUAACCCUUUUCUCUUCCGAUAUAUUCUAUCUUAGUGUAAAAAUAUAUGUAGCCCUGUACUAUUGGUCCAUUAUUACAUUAGGGUUCUAUUUAGGGUUAGGGUGAACUCAGUGAGAAGGUGGAACAUGACGCCUUCCUCCCAACCAGAUAGUAUAUGAAUCCAUCGACUUCAGCCGAAUAGAUAAAUUUCUUAAAUAUCUUCUUAGUUUACCUAGACAGAUCUGCAUCCUUAAAUAAUAGGUUAGUAAGAGAAAGCUGUUGCAUUUAACCCAGGAAUUUAUGACAUUUUUAAUUUAUUUAAAAAACAGCAACAAUCUCCCAAGUGCUAGUCUCCUGCUGAAGCCGAAAAUUAAAAGAGAACAAUAUACGCAAAAUGGCCGGUUCAUAUGGGAAAUUCCGGGGUUGCCAGCUACGAAUUUAAUUUGAGCGAAAAUGCAACUCUAAAGAUUUUUUAGGGAUCUGUAGGCCCCAGAAGAAGCGUAGCGGGAUAUAUAUCAAGUUAAUUAGUCUUUUGUGUUGUGUACUAAUCGCCUGUAAAAAAAUCUCGCCAAGAGAAAUAGGAACUACAAACAUUUUUUUUUAAUUUCAUACCGAAAUAUUGGUUUAUGUUCGGUUUAGAAUUUGUAAUUUAUGUGUCUGUACGAACUAAAUAGAAAUGUAGCCAACUUUAGCCGCCGAACGCCGAAAAAACAUUGGUCUCUCCACACAUUCCCCCUGAAGGGUGUCCACAGCUGUAUUUGGAAGAAUCUCAGUAUUCAGUGUUAAAAGGAUCAAGCAAAAAUGCUAAGGAAAUAUUCUGCCAAACGUCCCACAACCAGGAAAUAUACAGGUUUAGAUAAAACAGAAACUGCAAUCAAAUCAAACGCCAUAAUUUUUACAUUUUUAUUUUUAAAUUUUAUUGAAUGAAAGCAAACAAUGUCGGAAAUAUCAUCAAAUUGUCGAAUAAGUUUAGAUUUAUUCGAAUUGGUUACCUUUGACACGAAUUAUAGCCUUCAAACGGCCAAUGAAACCGUUACAUGCUGCCCGAAUGUUGCUCUGCGAUAUUUUGGUCCAUUCCCGGCGAAGCGCUUGCUUGAGGUAAUCGACACUUUGGUAUUUUUUAGUGCCAACCUUGCUUUCCAAAAUACUCCAGACACAGUAGUCCAUCGGAUUGAUAUACGCAGAUUUUGGUGGCCAUUGUGCGCUGGAAAUGAAGCGAGGAACCUCAAUUUAUAACCAUUCUUGGGUGGCGCGUGCUGAGUGCGAUGGUGCUGAGUCCUGUUAUAGUGUGCAAGGUCUGCGGCCAAAAUUUGUGCAUGCCCAAGGCUUUAAUACACUCUUCAGAAUAUUAUCACGAUAAUAUUCGUCAUUUAUUCUGAUGUCACUGUCGAUUAAUACGAGCGAAGAGUGACUAUCGGUUGUUAUGGCAGCCCUCACCAUGGCCGGCGCCAACCGAAGGUGCGCAUUUUCAGCUGGCCUCUUUGGCAAGUAGUUUGUUUGUUUACAAACUACUGAAUAACGAAUCUUUUCUCAUCGGAGAAACCCAAAUUCGGCAGUUCACCACUUUCGGCCAAGCGAAGCAACUCUUUAGCUCUCUUAAGUCUAUUUUCUUCCUGUUGCGGUGUAAGUUCUUGCACUUUUUGGAAUUUUAAUCGUUUUACCCCGAGCUCAUUUUUCAAUAUUUUCCGAAUGGAAUAUUGCGAUAUGUUCAACUCACGAGCCAUUUUUCGGCCACUGCGACGCGGGUUUCGAUCAAGUCACUUCUUUGCUUUUCGAACCAUUUCUGGUGUUGUUGCUGUUUUCUUCCGUCCAGUUCCUUGACGUCGGGCUACCCUACCAGCAUCACGGUAACUAGCGAUGGUACGAGACACAAAAGAUUUAUUCACAUUUAAAUGCUGGAGUGCUCUAACGAUAGCCACUUCUGGUUUUCCAGCCGAAUAGAAAGAAAUCACACUAUCACCUUUGAAUUCCAUCACGAAUAACAUUUUUUCUGCAAUUCUCACCAAAAUUCUUUUGUGCGCUUGUAAACAAUAUAAUGAGCUGUCACUGGAUUAAUUGUGACAGCUGUCGGACGAGUUGCUUAGAAAAGACAGCAGUCUGAAACAGUUUUUUUCGUAAAUAAACGUAUAAAUAAACUUAGAAAAAUAAGACUUAUGCUAAGUAUAGAUAUAAUGAGCCAUGGUUAGCCAUAAGAUAUUUAAAUAUUGUUUAAUGAAUUAAUAAAAAAAAAUUACUUGAUACUUGAGAAUAAAGUCG